AUGGCUUCCUACAGAAGUGGCCAGCUCUCACUUUAUUGCAACAAAUGCAACACACUUCUGGCCACGUCUGACAUUUUAAUGUUGGCCAGCAUACCACCGACACAGACGCACAUAGCUGUAAGAAACGAACACGAGGAGACAGCCUAUGAGAAGGUGCGAAAAAUCCCCAAUCCGGAUCCCAAGAGAGCUGGUUUUAGUCCGUACAGAACACUCUGCAAACAAUGCGGUGAUGUUAUCGGAACAGUCAGCAUUAUUGAAGAAGCAACACUGAUUUGUUUCAAGACAGAAAAGAUUCACUUCAGGCGAGGAUACGAACAAAUUAAAGGGAAGAAGUUAAAGCAGAUUAAGGAUAAAAUUAUACAGUAUGGCCUUGAAGUCGUUAAUGUGUCGCAGCUAAGUGGAACGAUUUCACGGGCAGUCACGCAUACACGGACACCAGCACAACCUCUUGUCUAUUGUGACGUCAACCUCAGUACAGAAGAAAUUUUAUCCUUGACAAAAGAUGCACCCAGAGGAUACCAACGAGAGCUCUUCUUACAGGCCAUACGCAGGAAUACUCUGGUCUACUUGCCCACGGGCUCAGGAAAGACGCUGAUAGCGGCAAUGGUUUUGAGCUGUAUGAAGAAGCUUAACCCGGACAAAUUGAUGGUGUUCCUCGUUGACAGAAUCCCCCUGGUUUACCAGCAGAGUGAAUAUAUCAAGUCACAGGUACCAGAUUUAAGGGUGGAGAUACUGGCCGGGGAUAUCGGACGUUUCCCAGGGGAUAAAUCACGUUGGAUAGCAACCAUUCAAGCGCUUACAGAAAACAAGAUCGAUCUUCUGGUGAUGACGAGUCAAAUUCUCAUAAAUCUGAUGGCUGAUGAGUGUCCUGUAUUGCGCAUGUCCGACAUAUCCGUGCUGGUUUUCGACGAGGCACACCAUUGUUUGGGAAACCACAGCUACAAUCAAAUUAUGAGAGAUUACUACAAAACCACGAGCAACAGGUUUAAGCCGCUGGUGCUAGCGCUGACUGCAUCUCCCGCCGGAGCAGACAAGCUGGAAACCACACAGACGAAAAUCGAAGAACUGCUUUCAAAUCUGUGUGCAUGCGCGCGCAUGCCUUUGUGGUCAGGUGAUCUGGAGUUGUACUGGAAUCGACCAGAAACAUCAUAUCAUGUUGUUCCUUUGAAUGGAAAGCAACAAUUUCUUCAAUCCUCAGUGGUAUCGUAUGUUGAAUCCCUGACGAAGAUGAUCGAAGACAAAGCAGGGAGUCCUCACGCGCUUGAUAGAUUAUCCAUUUUAACCCCAUCUUAUCGUGGCGCUUUGCGUAAGCUGAUGGAACGUUGCCAUGGUGACCAGAGCCGAGUAAGAGGACUAGCACUAGUGGAACAUGCCAUGCACAUGCUGAGUGUGAUAGAGAUCAACAAUAUUCUGGGCAACGAGUAUGCGGUUGAUUGCAUCGAAGAUUGCAUCAGGCAGAUGCAGACUGCCACUUCGCCAAUGGAGAAACUGAAGAAAAAACUCAUUGGUUCCUUGAAUCAGUUGAAGACUCUGGAAUUAUCGAUCAAAGACCUUAAGCGCAUUUCAAGUCUGUUCACAUUUAGUGACAGGUAUCAAUAUCUUGUCAAGGAACUUCAGAACUUCAUUCGCAAAGUUCAAGAAGACGAAACGUCCAGGGCAAUUGUCUUCGUAAAGAUGCGAAAGACUGCAUACAAACUUGGUGAGCGGAUCAGACAAGAAGCUAGAAUUCUAGCUCAUCUUAACCCAGCUUUCCUUGUAGGUCAUGGACAGGCAAGUGAUGGAAUGGACUGGAGAGGAGAGCAGGAAGAGGUUUUAAAGAAGUUCCGCUCAGGCGAGGUUAAAGUACUGGUCAGCACCAGCGUGCUGGAGGAAGGCCUGGAUGUGCCAGUAUGCAACCUUGUUGUCCGUUUUGACAGCGCCCUCACUUUGCGGGCGCUAGUCCAGAGUCGCGGACGCGCUUCUCGCCGGCCGGAUAGCAAGUUUGUCGUAAUCUGUAGUGAUGCAAAGGAACAAACUGAUGCGUUUGAUGCAAUUAAGAAGGAGAAGAACAUGGAGCAAGCCAUGAGGAUACAGCAACUGUGGAAUUCCUCUAGUAGCCCCUUGCAAGGCGAGUCCUUUGGUUGCCACUUGAAGAAACCCGACUUCAGCCCUCCUGCUGAACCGGUGGAAGCUCCGUACCAGGAUCAGCCGCUGGAGCAGGAGCCCACUGCUGAAGAUGAAGACAUGGGAAUUGAGUACAGAAAUAGUCCAAUGACAAUCCAUGAAAGGGGGGAAAGCUUGGCUUCGGGAGGACCCAGAAAGAGAAAGAAAAAGUACAUUCCCAAUGUGACGGUUUCCAUACACAAUGUAAUUGUUGGAAGAGAGAGCAAGGAAAUUGGAUUUCUCACAGAGUUCUUUGAAGCGCACUUCGAAGUAAAAUCACUAAAAAGCGAACGUAUUGAGGCAGCAGUGGCAGUGGCGAAGGACGAAGCGUGUGAUAGAAGCCUUACAUCGGGCGUUCUUCGACUGAAUCUAGAGCCGCUUGAAAAUCAAGAUUUUCGCUCCAAGGAGAAAUUUUUUACUCAUAUUGCCGAGUCUUGGUGUUCUCGUUCUAAAAAACUGCGAAACCAAACAGAGAAACUUUGGCUUCGCCGUGCUGAUGCCGUUAGGAAUCACAAACGUAAACCAGUGCUGGUGAUUAAACCAGAUACCAUGGUUCUGGGAUAUUUUAUUAAUCAAGCCAGUUUCUGUGUCCAUUGGCCUUUUAAUCCCAGGUUUGAAAACAUUCGCGUUGCUUUUGAACAUGACUUGCGAACGAUGCUGGUUUGUUUCACGGUUCCCAAUCGUUUAACCCAGUGGAAGGUAGAUUUGUACAAACUUCAGAUUCGUUACAGCGAACUGCACGAAUUCGUGUUGGUGGAUAAAGCGAAAUCUUCCUCAUUCCACCAAAUCUAUGUAAAACUGAGACACCCUCCCCGCAUGUUCAAGGCAAAAAGCUUCAUUAAAAAAGACCAAGUUGACGAUGGAGAAGAAAACGACUUUGAAGAAUGGUACUUUGAGGAUGAGGACUACGAUUUUGACGACGACCCCGAUCGUCACCUUAGCGACGAAUCAGCUAGCAGCUCCGAAGAUGAACGAGGUAACAUCGGAAUUGAAGCUUCGCAAGAAGACGAGAAACCCGAUAAUGCAGCUCUACUUACGAGUUCGGAUAUCGCAAGUAUCGAUGAAGUGGUGAACUGGGAGCGUGUUACUGAAAUAGAAGAUAGCGGAGAUGCAUUUGGCCUAUGCUGUACUUACAACUUCACUUUUAAAGCCAGCGAAUGGGACGAGGUCAAAGAAGUACUAAGAACAAUCGCGAAAUACGACAAGAAGGUCUUUUUUGCCUCAAUGCAAAAGUCAGCAAGACGAUUGCCAGUUGUGAAUUUCCCCGAAGAGCUGCCUUUCAGCGUCAAAUACACUGCACAAUGCCUCCUACAUUCUUUUCCGUUUAUCAGAGGGAGAUUGACCCAUGACUUUAACACCAUGUUAGGUAGCAAGCCUGAAAAAGUCGUUUUGUUUGCCUUAGAAAAACUCGCUGCUGCCCUGCAACGGAAUAGUUUUUGUGACCCAGAAGGAGCGUUUAAAAGGCUCCUUGAUAAGAAGGAUUUUAAAGCCGGUGGAAUGUUAAAGCAGCUCAUUCCUUCCCAGUGCGCGUUGAUUAAGCGCAUGGUCAUUACCCCCACGCGCCUGCUGCUCUACACGCCGGAAGUGAUGUCCAAGAAUCGCGUGCUGAGAAAUUACAACACUGAUCAGUUUCUGUGUGUCAAUAUCCGCGAUGAAGACUUCUCGAGGCUUUCAUCCGCUGGAGGAAGCAUUGAGAAGAUUUUGGAACGCGUUAAACAGACUUUGGAUAGCGGGGUAAUAGCAGGCGGGGACUGGUUUUAUUAUCUUGGUUCCUCCAAUAGCCAGCUGAGAAACCACGGCUGUUGGUUCGUUCGACCUAGUCCACACCCGGAGGAGAUUCGACAAUGGAUGGGCGACUUCAGCAAAAUAAGGUAAUAAAAACAAUGUAAAACAGUCUUGAAUGUUUUAUAACUUGAAUUUGUUAUUCAGAGCUUUUUUGGUUACUUUAGUGAUUCACGCUUUCGUGUGUCUGAUCAAGUGUUUUCUCCAACAGAUGCGUAGCAAUUUUCAUGGCUCGUAUGGGGCAGUGUUUCUCAACAUCCAUGGACGCUGUGGGCAUAGAUGUCAACGAAGGAACCUCCUGGGGUAUGGAUGAGGAUAUUGAAACACUUGAUGGUGGUUACUGCUUCUCAGAUGGCGUGGGAAGGAUCUCUGACUCACUUGCACAGAAGGUAGGAAAGACGCCAUUAAGAUAAAUCAACAGUACUCCCUUGGCCCACACAACCGUUUUUUCCAAGUAGUCGUAUUUAAUGAAUUUUUAUUGCAUUUGUACGGCGAGUUUUAACUCGUCGUUAAAACGCCUAACAAAACUCAUUUGACAAAACAGACAGGAAACAAAAAUACCAGGUUUCAUCUCUGCAGAUGCACGUUAUUUUAACCUUCCGUAUCACUCUCGUCAAACCAUGGCAGUCUUCUAUCUUUUUACGCUGAUGGAUCGGCUUAAUCAAUUUCAUUGAUAAAACCAAAGUUUUUGUUUUAUUUAUAGGUUGCCAGAAAGAUUUCUAAAAAUUACGUGCCAUCUGCGAUUCAAAUUCGAUUUGCUGGCUGUAAAGGGGUGUUGACCCUUGAUCCUACACUUCCAGGGAAGAAAGCAGUUUUUCGACCGAGCAUGCGCAAAUUCGAGAGUCCGCACCGCCGUCUAGAGGUUUUACAGACGUCACGCCCUCAGGUUGUCUUUCUAAACCAUCAGCUAAUAAUGCUGUUGUCCAACCUUGGUGUCCCGGAUGAAGUGUUUCUCAAUUUGCAGCGCGCAAUGUUGGACAGACUUGCAGGUAAGGGAGUACCUCAAUGCUCAGAAGUUAGACCUAACCUUUUAGCUUUCUAGGCGGGCGCUUUUUCGCGCGUUUUUGGAUACACGGAUGAUGUAUUUAGCGAGUCCUUUUGAUCGGCUUUUCUGGUAUCUAUAUGGACAGUGCAGAAAAACCAGGGAUACUUACUAAUUACUCGGAAAACCCGGAAAAUCCGGUUGAAAAAUCAAAAGGCUCAUGCCUUUCCGUUUGGAAGGCUACAGAAAGUAUGAACUGUCAUUUGAGGUGAUGGAAGCUUUCUCCCAUCACGUCAAAUAUUAUAGUUUUAUGUUUACGCUCAAGUUUUUCAUCCGCGUGAUUUGUGCAAAUGGUAACCAGCCCAGCACUCCAUGACACCAGUGGGCACAGCGUGGAAAUAUUCAGCUCUUUCCCGCGUAACAUGACAGAAAAAGCCAAUAAAAAGCAUGGCCACCCUAUCUUUUUUCAAGUUUUGCGUAGCACCUAAGUUUCUUUCCGCAUGGUAAGGAGGAGCAAAAUCAAAGUGUUGAUACAAUCAGUUAUUUUUUUCUUUGUAAAGGAAUGCUAGUUAACGAACGUCUAGCUGUUCAACAAAUGGUAUCUGGGGCCAAGACAGGAAUUGGCUAUAUGCGCUUGUCAGAAGCGGGAAUGCAGCUGACCACUGAGCCCUUUUUCAAGUCGCUGUUGGUGGCACUUUAUAAGGACCGGAUGCAGAAUCUACUGAGUCGAGCCCGCAUUCUUUUACCACCAGCGGAAGCUCGACUUAUGAUUGGUGUCAUGGAUGAAACAGGGAUUCUGCAGCCAGGCGAGGUAAGGUUGGAAAUUGAUAAAAUGAAAAAUUUAUUAAUCGAUAGUGGAAGUAUGGCAAAAAGUUUCUGUCUGUAGCAGUUCUGAUUAGACCUCGGCUGAUCAAUGAAUCAAUCCUAUUUCUAAGGACCCUUUUCAGUAUUUUACUCAAGAUAUUCUGCCUGCCAUAUUCUGCGUGGUUUCACUGUAGCGAGAUGAUCUGAGCAAAGUGCCCAGUUGCGCUUUUAGAGAAUGUUUGACAGUCUCUCCUAAUUACUCUAUUGUAGUGCACUAAUUCUCUCAAAGAAUCCUAAAGAUCAAUUUUAUCCUUAAAUGAAUAAGCACAAGGUCCUGACACUAGUAUUUCAGGAAUCAGUUGGAUAACCAGCGCUGUUUAGAAAUAAUCGGACAGAUAAAGAUUUUAAGCAGUCUGCUGCACAGCUCUUUGUACAAUAACAACCAAGAAGGUCCAAAACAAACGUUCAAGACGACUCCCAAAUUUUACUUGCAUUACACCACUUUGAAAUAUAACCAAAAAGGUUUCAUUUGAAUUGUCACACUACAGGACCUCAUCCAAAGAAUAAAAAGUUAGAAGCACCUUGUGCAGCAUUAAAAAACGGCACCACAGGAAAGUACAGCUCAGUAGAUUUCAUCUGAAACUUUGGGAUUCCAUCCACAGAAUCAAAAGUUAGAACCACCUGGUACAUCAUAAUAGACAAUACCCCAGGAAAGUACUACUCAGUAGCUUUCAUCUCAAUGGUCGCACUUUAGGAUUCCAUCCACAAACUUAAAAGCUAGUCAGAACCCAGUGAGAGCCGCAGUACCACGGGAAAGUACUGCUCAGUAACUUUUAUUCAGAAUGGCUACACAUUGGAGUACUUUAGUAUUUAAUCCACAGACUCAAACGUUAGAACCAUCUUGUACAGCAUAAUAAACAGUACAACAGGAAAGUACUGCUCAGAAGCUUUCAUUUGAAUGGUCACACUUUAGAAUUUCGAACUUAACCGCAACAGUAAGAACUGCGAUACCUAUCGCCAUAACAAAAUUAAUUGAAAAUGUGAAAUUCAACGGGAAUUAUAGAGCUGAUUUUUACUAUUGAAGAUGAUUACUCUUUUUUACAAAUAAAUUGCUUUUGUCUAUUUUUAAGGUAUUUGUGCAGUAUUCCGCAAUGUCCUCGGAUCCUGAUCAUGAAGGAGAAUUCAGCAGAACAGCUCAACAGACUCUCACAGGACCCGUGGUAGUGACCAGAAAUCCAUGCCUUCAUCCGGGAGAUGUGAGACUGCUGACUGCAGUAUCUGCACCUCAGCUAGAUCAUUUGGUGGACUGUGUUGUGUUUCCAAAUCAUGGACCCCGUCCCCACCCUAGUGAGAUGGCAGGUAUAACCUACACUCAUAGUGAUGGCGACAACUUUAGAAACAAUUGUUUAUUUAUUUAUUUAUGUACUUGUAUCAUCAGCGUUAUUCCUAAUAUAUUUGAAGAAAAAAGGCAAAGGCAACAGAAAAAAUAAGAAAUUGCAAAACUUGUGCUUAAUAUUUUCAGACUUUCCCAAAUAAAAGCUUAGAUAAAACAUCCAGAUUUCAUUAUGGUCACACUGUUAGCAAGAAGCGUCUCAAUCAGCCCGAAUAACUUCAUCUUAAUCAUUGUAAUUAUAAUGAUAAUGCUGAAGAAAUAGGACCCUACUAAAAUUAUAAAUGUUUCUUCCUUAAGGCGGUGAUCUUGACGGUGAUUUAUACUUUGUUUGUUGGAUGAAAGACCUUCUGCCGCGAAGAAAACUUUUCUCGCCAAUGAACUACAAAUCGCCUCCAAAACGGGAACAUUUUGGACCAAUCACAACCCGUGAAAUGACCGAGUUUGUCGCUGAGUACAUCCGGUUUGACCAACUUGGCGAGAUUGACAACGCUCACAAAGCCCAAGCGGAUUCCAUUGAGGGAGGGGUGGAAGCGUCACUUUGCCUUAAGUUGGCAGAGCUUCACUCGCUAGCAGUUGAUGCGCCGAAGACCGGGGAGUGGCCCAAGAUGCCUAAAGAAGCCAAGGUCUCGGUUUUUCCAGACUUUAUGAUGAAGUCCGACAAGCCAAGCUAUCCUUCAGAGAAGGUUUUAGGCAAGCUGUAUCGUGAGUGCAGAGCGUUUAAGGAUAGCAUCGCGCGCGAUGUCCCUCUUAAUAAACCUCACAUUGUCCCAGACUUGUUGGUACCAAACUUUCAAAAGUAUCAAGAGGAGGCAAAGAGCAUUUACGAGGAGUAUUCUAACCAGGUAUUACGAUUUAUUUCCAAUAGUCACGUUUUGGUAGUCAGUCAGUCUCCAACACUGCUACCCUUUCAGAAUUGUUAAGGGACUAUUUUUUGUUUUGCGAGAAAGCAAAAAAGGUUUAAACAAAAUGCGCAUGCGUAGAGAGUUGAUAGAGUGUGCCUCUUCCCCAUUCUCAUCCGCAGAGCCCGUCGUUUCUUGGUCACGUGGUCCGUUACGAAUUAAGCCGACUGGCUCCAGCGACGAGAAUGGCCUCUUCCCUGGGUAUUUCGUUUAUCCUCUCUACGUCACGUCGAAAAAGUGACGCUGGAUUACGAGAGAGAUCCCCAAAGCCAGGCUUUAAUGGCCAGUUUACAGAUGUUUAAAGUUUUGAAAUAACGAUAUAGCAACCAAUUUCACCGAAGUCAGGGUUCGAAUCCCGGGAAGCCUGAAAAUUUUCAGGCCUUCUUUUCGCAAAUGUAUAAGUUGUGUAUUUAACUCUUACUGCGAUGAUAUUCUCUGCACUUAAGAAUAGUUUUUUUCGAAAAAAAAAAUGCUUUUUGUAUAUCUCAACGUUGGAUAAAUUGUGAAGUACCUUUUUGAAGGCUUAAAAGUUUUCACCGUUAUUCGGUACAUUGUAACUCUUCUAUAUAAGGGCUUACUACAGUUUUCAGAUGAAAACUAUCGACUUUUUCAAACUGGAACAUUUUUAGCAACUGAAGGCGGGUCUCUACUGAAGGUCUCUACCCCUUUUUGGGUGCUCACACAAUAUUUCGCGUUAUACUUCGCAAUAAAAUGUUUUAGAAGGAAAAAAUUAAGGAUAAUUUACAUCAAUUGUAGUGAUUAACAGUUCAGAAGAGGCCUUUAGUUGCUAAAAAUGUUCCAGUUUAAAAAAGUCGACAGUUUUCAUCCGAAAAGUGUAGUAAGCCACCUUAAGUCAUUGAAAAUGUUUCAUAUGUUUUUCGUUAGUUAUUAAAGAGGUCAUACGGUUUUUGUUUUACCCAGCUUCACGCAUUGAUGAACUUGUAUGGCAUUGAAAGCGAGGAUGAACUUCUCUCAGGCUGUUUUUCGAAACUGCAUUCUCGCCUUGGAAGAGAAAAAGUGGAGAUCGCCGAAAUCGUAAGCAAAAUUCUAGCGAAAAUACGCGAAAACUUCCGAAAAAAGUUCUUCGAAGAGUUCGAUCUGGCCGAAGAUGACCGAGGGUCCAGCGAAGCUAUUUCCGAAGAAUUGCAACAGAAGGCAUCGGCGUGGUAUUACGUCGCAUACAGUCACUCGAGAGUCGCCAAGGAAUCAGAGAAUUCCUCAGACGACCCCAUUCCGCAGUUUCUCAGCUUCCCGUGGCUUGUGGAUGACGUCAUGCUUUCAAUUCGACUUAGUAAGGCUUGUGAAGAACAACACUCACAAAGCGUGGUCACUUCAAUCAGCGACAGUGUCAUCAAACUGUUUGACUAUGAACGAGAUUCACUGGUACAAGGUUUUCACGACAGGAUACAGAAAAAGAGUGUCAUAUCACGUUCACUUCCGGGUGUUACUUUGGCCAUGUUUGGUUCCUCAGCGACAUUUCUCUUCCGGCAAGACUCUGACCUUGACCUUUGCGUUAUUUAUCCCACGCACAUCGCUCUUCGACAAAAGCUUGGACGAGACGAUCAGAUCACCGUGCUCAAAACCUUACUUCCGGUCUUAAGUAAUCUGUUUAAGCAUGCGCGGCUUGUGGAUCAUGCCCGGGUGCCGGUGAGUGUUCAUUCUUAUACCUAGUGUUGCGAUCCUUUUGGCCAGCGUCACAAGUCGCUUUAUAGCGCUAGCCGCUAGUCAAAAGGAUGGCGGUGCCUCUCUUUGACCCUCAGAUAAAAAUUUACUGCAAUUUGGCGGCCAAGGAGGGGGUUUACCUGAGAUGUGAAAAUUCUAAGGAUUGGUUGAUUUACGCUCUUUUUCUCAUUGAUUUGUUGGAGUUCUGCAGUGAAAUUGUGAUAGCAAUAACGAAGUAGAAAAAGGAAGCUACAGUCGGUGGAUACCACUUUCCAGGUGACUUGCCUAUGCGCAUGUGCAUAGUACUGGUCAUUCUACGGAUGGUGUCUGAGUACCUCCCUCUAUCUUUUGUUUUAACUUUGCAUAAUUCUUUUUAUUUUUUAAUAUGAUCAUAUCCACAUUUAAUUCCAGGUGAUUACCUGUGACAAUCCCGCAAAGCGAUCUGGCUCACUGGCAAGCGUUAAAGGUGAUGUCACAGCGUCAUGCGAUGGCCUUCUGAAAGCCAUUGUCUUAUCAAGCUACAUUAAAUCAUACCCAGCUCUCCUACCUGUUCUCCGUCUUCUUAUGAACUGGGGUCAAGUGACAGGUCUCUUGGGGCACGGGGUAGACGCGGGAAUCAAGUCGAACUUGUUAACGUUCCUAUUUCUGAUAUUCUGCGUUUCCAAAGGACUGGUGAAUGAUUUCAGUUGGGAACACGUUUGGAACCGGUGUUUUCAAAUUGCGACUGGCAGAAUCAAUGACGCAGUGCUCAAACAAGAAUGGGACAGGGUUAUGAGCUCUUUUCAAUCAACAGAAACCUCGGAUGCUAAGAAAAGUGGUCCACUGAUUAUGGGCGAUCAGCAAAUAGGCGAGAUUCUACUGACAUUUUUCCAAGCCUACAACACAACCCUCGACUUGGCAAUCCCACAAACCUUCGCUUCCUUACUGGGCGUGCGCAAACUUGAAGAACUUCUUGACUCAGAGCAUCUGCGGCUCCUUAAGGAACACAUGCAACGCGCAUUUCAUCUUCUGGCGCUUUAUGGCGAUGCUGAAGUGCUCCUCACCAUAAGCGCUUCGGAAAUCGAUCGCGUCAUAUUUCUAUCUCAGGCACUGUCUUACACCAUGGCCGGUUCAGAAAGGCAUAACGCUUUUGAACUCUCGAAAAAGACUGGGGCGAGGGUAACCAUUCGUCCCAGUCUCCCGGGAUCAGGAUUUGGCCUUGUUUUACAAGCUAUUGGUACCGAGUCCGCUGUGGCGUCGGUGGAACGGGCGCUAAAUGCCAUGGCAACGCAGGCACUGCGCAACAAGGCAGCGGUUAUGUCAGUGUGUUUUGUGAAGGAAGCUAAACACAUGAUUUUUGAAGGUAACAUGUCUCCUUCAUUAAGGGGCGGUGGAGAAGUGUCCUGACAUUUUUGUUUGGCCAUAAUCAUUUGCUGCCCAAAUAUCCCUAUAACAUCCCUUAUUGUGAACAUACAAAAUUUUCCUUUCCGGGGGGGGGGGGAAAUAAUGAAAGACCAAAUAGCAUCAAGCAUUCAUCUUUCGACCUCAUCAAAGAAGCAGAUUAGUGCUUUAGCAACCGGAAGUGACAUCAUACAUCAGUCAAGUAUGAGUAUACAAAAUUCUGAUAAGUGCUUACUCCCUCUCGCGCUCUCAUUUCUCCAUAUUUUUUUCCUUCCUCAAAUUUUCGUUUCCACAUUCUGAAAAAAAAAAUUGUGUCGAGUAGUACUAAAGUCAGCCCAAUAAACUAUGAUAGUUUUUUGUUUGGAGAGCUUCAUAUAUAAGUGAAGCACGGUGCACCCUCUAUCCCAGGGCCCACGUCUCUUUUUUCCGGGUUGAAGUGGAGAAAAGAGACCCUGGGAACGAGGUUGGCAAUCGUGUUGGUCUAUUUUAAGGUUGCCUAAGCGAUGACGACGGUGUCACCUUGGUACCGUACUAUGGAAAUCAUCACCCCACUCAUGAUAGUCUGGCUUUGUACGUACCCAUGUUGGCGAGCCCGAGGUCUGGACUGCGCAGAAUCGGAGCGGCAUACACGCGACAUGAGUUCCUGAGCUUCGCAGAGAGAUUUCAUACUCAAGUGCAGGUAUUACGAUUAUCGGAUUAGUAAGAGAUAAACUGCUCACCACUCCCCUCCCCUGCGCUUUGCGCAGGCGUCAUGUAUUUGCUUCGAGAUUUGAUUGGCUCGUUUGAUUGUCUCACAAGCGCCCUGAUUGAGCACAGUAAUUACGUUGGUUUCAAAUCAAAAUUGCUCCAAGGCGAAAUGUAUUGUGGGUCAAACUUUAGAGUCAAUGAAUGAAAUCAUAUGGAAAACUUUUAGAUGAAAAGUACUUUGUUUUCUUAGAAAUGUCACAAAACGAAAAUAGAGCUUGGUCUUGAAUUUGAAGGGGAAAACGUAUUCUUUAAACCGUCAAUAAUCUCGUUUUUUUAACUCAUUUCUUUUUAGGUAAUUGAGAGGGAUUUUGUGCCUACAAUUCAUGGUGAAAUGGAAUUUGCCAUUCAUUUUGGGCGUCUAUACGUGUUGAACGUUCCAAAGUCCUUUACAGAGGACACCGAAGCGCCGAGCGUACGUAUGUUUCAGACAAAUCUCACGCGAGGCUACAAACCAAGGCCAAGCGUCUUGUCCGCCCCUCGAAACGUUAGAAAAUAUGGCAGAUCGCGCGUCAUCUGUACUGGGGGAAAAUUAAAAACUCGAUUACACAGGAUGCGAAAGGGAAUCGAAGUAACGAAGGACGGAAAGAAAAUUCCUAAAGAAAAAGCAUCCCGAAGUUCCUUCUUUACUGUCGUUUCAUCGCGAGAGAAAGUUGACAGUUUCUUAUCCCAGCGUGGCUUUUCAGUUCACGCGGAAUCUGCAGAGAAGUACUCGGUUGAAAUUCACACCGAUCACGAGUUUUUAGUGAUAACGGACAAAGCUUUUAACUUUCUCGAGAUUAGGUUGCCAAAGUUACGAUGGUGUGCGGUGGAUGUUAAGAGGGCAUGGAAGGAAAACCCUGAGGAACAUGACAUGACCGAUUUGGACGGAGUUGAGACUGAUGUGCGUUUUGUUCUGCAGGUACUGAAUAAAUGAACAGUAGUUUCCAUUUAUUGUUGUUGUCAUUUGACAAUUUGUUUAAAAUGGGUACCACAAAUUACUGUAAAGUAUUCUUCUCAGUAACUGUCUAAGAAAACAUGUCAGUUAGACUGUGACAGCUCGUCUACGUCCCCCACUCUUUUUUAACGAUAUAAUGGGUUUCUUUCACGUACCCUUCUAAUUGACACUCAUGUAAGGAUGGAGGCAUGGCCACUAAUUUAACAUCACCAUACAAAGCUUAAAGACGCGAUCGUUUGAACUGCUGAACUGAAGCAAGGCCUGAAUCACAACCACACAAAUGGAGCAGCCAGCAUAACAAUCUUACCAGAUUAUUUAGAGACAUUGGUUACUGGUACGGUGGGGGUCUGAACUCGCGGCUUUUCGUUCAGCAGACUGACACUCUCCCAACCGAGAUAACUGGGAGGCGGUUAAGUAGUUUUUAUUUGUAUUGUCACGCAUUAGCAUUUUGUCCACAGACGCAAAAGUUAGAACCACUUUGUAGAGCACAAUAAACAGUACCACAGGAAAGUACUGCUCAGUCUUUCAUUUGAAUGGUCACACUUAAGGAUUUCAUCCACUGAAUCAAAAGUUAGAACCACCUUGUAGAGCAUAAUAAAAAGUACCACAGGAAAGUACUGCUCAGUAGCUUUCAUUUGAAUGGUCACGCUUAAGGAUUUCAUUAACAGACUCAAAAGUAAGAACCACGUUGUACAGCACAGUAAACAGUACCACAGGAAAGUACUGCUCAGUAACUUUCAUUUGAAUCAGGGUCACACUACAGGAUUUCAUCCACAAAGUCAAAGUUAGAACUAUCUUGUGCAGCAUAAUAAACUGUACUGCAACAAAGUACUGCUCGGUAGCUUCCAUUUUUAAGGAUGUCAUUCACACACUCAAAAAUAGAACCACCAUGUACACCUGGUGUACAGCAUAAUAAACAGUACCACAAAAGAGUACUUUCAUUUGAAUGGUCACACUUCAGGAUUCCAAGGACAGACUCAAAAGAAAGAACCUUAUAGACAGCACCGCAGAAAUUCAUUUACGAGGUAACACCUUCGCAUUUCAUCCACAGAUUGACCAUAAAGUUAAAACCAACUUAAUCAGCGUGUAGACUCAGAAGUUUGACAUAAAGCCCCUGAACCUUCUUCUCCCCUUCUGCUGAUAUUUUUCAUGAUAGGCCAUUUUACUUUUACUGCAGACCCGUCGUUCGUUGCGCCCAGAUGACAUCCGGGGAUCUAAUUAUGAGCAGUACCGGGAUGCAUUGCGGCCUCAACCUCAUCCGCAAUCCACCCGGAGUCCAUUCGUAGUGAAACCGGAAAUUUGGAAGGAAGUAGCUAUGAUUCGCCACAAGAAAUCCCGGAUAUAUCGAGUCAAGGAUUCCACGUGCACUGUAAGCGAGUUUAGGAAAUCACUCAGUGUAAGUGUGAACGAGGUCACAGAGUAUUCUCGCCCCACUAAGCACGCUUCUGCCUUUAGCAAAGUGUUCACACGGUGUGAAGUUGCUGUCAAAGCCGGUUUACCUACUACUUGGAGCAACAGGGAGUCGCUGGAACAGUUGUUGAGGGAUGUUUGGGCGUUCGGGUUUGCUUUCGCCUCUCACAUGUCCGAUUAG